AUGCCAAGUCGAGCAAUCGUGAAUAAAUUGAAAGUAUGUGCAGUUCCAUCUGAACUAAAAAGAUUAAAUAAUCUUGAAAAACAUUUAAUUGCUUUAAGAUUACCUUUUAUGAAAAUUGUAAAUUUAACAUCAGGCAAACUAUCAAGUAGAUUGGCACAAAAAGGUACUAAAGGACCACUUCAUUGUGUACCAUCAGAUGUGCAAGAUACUGUAACCACAUUGCCUCGUCCAGUUGAUAAAUCUAUGAUGGUCCGAUUACAAUUGAAACGACGACUAAAAUAUAAAGCUGUAUGGGAAGAACAAUUAAUAAAUCCAAGUGAUGUUAGAGAUGCACUGUGUGUUUUAAAUAAGAUGCAUCCCGGGUAUAAAAACAUUAAGAUAAAUGAAAUUGAUGAAACUUAUCUUAUGUCUGAUCUAGAAAAAAGUGUCGAAAAUAACAGUGAAACAGUAGUUGAAACAAUGGAUGUUGACACAAUUUCAGAAGAAAAUAUUAUUGAAGAAACACAAGUAUCUAAUGAAAAUCGUCUAAAAGCAUUAGCAUUAGGUGAUAUUGAUAAUAGUAUCAAUAGUGAUGAAGAAAUCGAUGAAGAUGAUAAAGAUAUUCGUACUAAAUAUAAUAUUGGUACAGAUUCAUGUACUCAACCAUGUGAUUUUAAUGAUUUUUUAGUCUUUGAUAAAGAACCAUGUGUAGUAGCACCAGCUGAAAAAAAUAAAUUGAGUUCAUUAUUAACAGAUAAAACAAUUGAAGGUUUAGCCUUUCCUCAUUUAUUUCCAGAUGGACAAGGCUCAUAUGAUGAAGAACGUGAAAUUGAUCUAAAAUGGAAAGAAUAUUGUAAAGCACGUCUAUUCUCAUCAGAUUCUCGUUUUGCUGCUGAUUCAAGUUAUAUCUUUUAUCUACAGUAUUUAGGUGACUUAAAACAAGUGUAUUCCGGAAUCAAUAUCGCUUUCCGAAAAAAGUUACCAAUGAGUGCCAAACAAAGUUUGGAUGAAAUACAAAUGAAAUUUCUAAUGAAUAAAGAUAUGAUAUAUCGUCAUUUGCAAUCAGUUCGAGGUAGUCCACAAUAUUGGCAUCAACGUCUAAAAGAUCUAUUCGGAAUGACACGCCAAUUAGGCUUUCCAACUUUCUUUAUUACAUUGUCAUGUGCCGAUCUACGUUGGAAAGAAUUUGUUGAUACAUUUAUACGUCAUACAGGACUUCCAGUUAAAGAAUCAUAUACAUUUGAAGAAAAGACAAAACUUUUACGA